CUAUGAUCUGUCUCAAGAAACUCUUUCACUUUUCCUCAUGACUUAUAAUAGGCACAAGGCAGUUCAUGCCUUGCAUUUAAUUCCAAGUUGUACUCAUUCAUCUUUAGCGAAACAACUAUCCCGGGGUGGGACUGCUCAUUCUCAUUAUAACAUGCGUUCCACAAUCUUGCCACCCUUAGGAUCACCAUUCCAAACGCCUUUGCCUCAGGAAGGGCACGAAAUUCGCGCUGAGACGCCUACAAUGUGUGAAGAAGCAACAGAUAUUGUUAAGUAUGGUAAUCCAUUAACAAUGGACCGCCUUUUCAUUGGCCUAGAGCCUGCAUGGAGCGGUAUCAAUGCCAUUGAAUUCACGGAACACAUGCCUAUUUCGUUCGUCAGUAAGCUUGUCACCACGAGGGGUAACAUACCUAAAAUGGAUUGCUUCAAGAGAACUUCACAUAGACACCUGGUCAACCUUAAAGAGGUAUUUGUGGCUGAAGAAUCUCUGAUGCUCUUCUAUGACAAGUGGGAAGGCAUUUCACUCAAAGAAAUUCAAGACCUUCGACCGGCUUUCCAGCUUGGAGAAGUUGAAGUGGCUACAAUUUGCUUUCAGAUGCUUCAAGCGCUGCAAUAUAUCCAUGGUACUCUAGGCAUAAACCAUGGAGCUCUUUGUGGAGAAGAUAUCUACAUCCAAGAAAGCGGUGACAUCAAAAUAGCAAAAAUUGGUGAAAGCAUGGCUAGGGAGUUCCACCCACAAGAAAAGUCGAAGGAUAUCCGUUCGAUCUUAAAGAUUGCGCGACAGCUCCUUGGUCUCCGAGGCACCUCUGGAGGCAGAGGGACACUGGGCUUGCUAGUCCAUGACUUUACAGCUGCACCACCCAAUACAACCGUUGAUCAACUUCUGCAGCAUCCCCUUAUGAGAUUCAAUGCGGGACCAUGGUGUCUCAGACCAAUCAAUCUCCUAUGUACAUUGGCUAGGACACGGUGCAUUUCAACGUAGGGUUGAAGAGCACAGCGACUGGAUAAGCGCCGAGAUACUGUAUUCGUGAACACGGC